GAGAUAUAGAGGAGAGAAUCUUUUAGAGAAUUCUGUAAAUAAAAGAUACAGAGAACGACGGUUGGAGAUAGCCUUAUCUCUUUCUGUUCGGCGGGCAAGCUCGAACCGUGGCCAGCCGCGUUGAGGCAGAUAAUGAACUAGACAGACCGAAGUACCGAACCCUGUUUGGCCACAGUUUGUUUGCAAACAUUAGCAACCACCUGGUCACCGGACAAAUUAGCCAAGGCACGGCCGGCCUGCCGCCAGCACGCCCCAGCUGCCCACACGCCCGUGCUGCCCAGCCCACCGCUUCCUCCUCAACUCCUCGAGACACGCCACGCCUACGCCGAGAAGGCACUGCACAGAUCCCUGGCUCAGUCGCCAGCCAGCCAGCCAUGGCGUCGGAGUCGGGCCCUGGCUCGACGAACCCGCUCCUCCCCCGCCGCCGCGCGCCGCCCAAGGGCGGCUGGAAGUCGGCGCUCUUCAUAAUCUGGGUGGAGGUGGCGGAGCGGUUCGCGUACUACGGCGUCUCCUCGAACCUGAUCAGCUACCUGACCGGCCCGCUCGGCCAGACCACAGCGUCGGCCGCCGCGGCCAUCAACGCGUGGUCGGGCGCCGCGGCCAUGCUGCCCCUCCUCGGCGCCGCCGUCGCCGACUCCUGGCUCGGCCGCUACCGCACCAUCGUCGCCUCCUCCGUGCUCUACAUCAUGGGCCUCGGGAUGCUGACGCUCUCAUCCAUGUUCCCAUCAACUCAACAAUGCGGUGUCGCCGCCGGCAGCCGAGGAGCAUGCCCGCCUUCCCCCGUCCAGACGGCCUUUUUCUACGUCUCCCUCUACCUGGUGGCCAUCGCCCAGAGCGGGCACAAGCCCUGCGUCCAGGCCUUCGGCGCCGACCAAUUCGACGCCACGGACCCCGACGAGUCCCUGUCCCGGGCCUCCUUCUUCAACUGGUGGUAUUUCGGGCUCUGCGGGAGCGCCACCGUGACGGUCGCGCUCAUGAGCUACGUGCAGGACAACGUCGGCUGGGCCCUCGGCUUCGGCGUGCCGUCCAUGGUCAUGCUGCUCGCGCUCGCCAUCUUCCUGCUCGGCACCAGGACCUACCGGUUCUACGGCUCGGGAGGCGGCAGCAACGGCUGUGCCGCCACGUUCUCCCUCGUCGGCAAGGCCUUCGUCGCCUGGAGGAAGAGGUCCAAGGGAGCCUGGCCCGAGCUGGAGCGCGGCGACGGUGAGCUUGCCGAGGACGCGAUGCUCGCGGAGGAGGUGAACGGGCUGGCGAGGCUGUUCCCGAUAUGGGCGACGUGCCUCCUUUACGGCGCGGUGUUCGCGCAGCCGCCCACGCUCUUCACCAAGCAGGCGGGGACGCUGGACCGGCGGGUCGGGCCGUCGUUCCAGAUACCCCCCGCGGCGCUGCAGUGCUUCCUCGGCGUCAGCAUGGUUGCCUGCAUCGUGCUGUACGACCGCGUCCUAGUGCCCGUGGCGCGCAGGGUCUCCGGCGUCGCCUCGGGCGUUACGAUGCUGCAGCGGAUCGGCACCGGGAUCGCCCUGGCCAUGGUCACCCUGGUCGUCGCCGCGCUGGUGGAGAUGAAGCGGCUGCGGGCGGCGAGGGACGCCGGCCCGGUGGAUGGUGGCUCGGGCGCGGCGGUCCCCAUGAGCCUGUGGUGGAUCGUGCCGCAGUACGUGCUCCUCGGCGCGGCCGACGUGUUCACCAUGGUCGGCAUGCAGGAGUUCUUCUACGAUCAGGUCCCCGGCGCGCUCAAGAGCCUCGGGCUCGCGCUCUACCUGAGCGUCCUCGGCGUCGGCAGCUUCAUCAGCAGCUUCCUCAUCACGGUCAUCGACGGCAUUACGACGAGGAACGGCGGCACGAGCUGGUUCGCAGACGACCUGAACCGGGGGCACCUCGACUACUUCUACCUGCUGCUUGCGGCGCUCACCUCGCUGGAGCUUCUUGCUUUCACAUACUUUUCGACGUCUUACGUUUACAGGAUCAAGGCAGGCAAUAAUCAUUGAUUCAUGGACAGAGGCAUGCAUAUCCUACAGGCUACGGUGAAAGAACUCUCAACCUUUGGGAAAUGGUAAAGACGGUGAACAAGUAUGCAUGAGUCAAGGACAGAGUAAGGCCAUAGGGCACAAUAACGAUUUCACUGUUGAUUCAUUGUGAAGCAGGCUACAGCUAAUUGCUAGCUGCUUCACGAAGAAUAAAAAUGUGCAGAAGAAACUUUCUAGGUUGUGCUUGGUUCCCAAUAUUUAGGUCCAGCCCAGGAAAUUCGGCA